AUGCCCCAUUAUCCACCACGCCCCCAGAUGCCCCAUUAUCCACCACGCCCCGAGACGCCCCAUUUUACACCACGCCCCCUGACGCCCCAGUAUACACCACGCCCCCAGACGCCCCAUUAUACACCACGCCCCCAGACGCCCCAUUAUACACCACGCCCCCAGACGCCCCAUUAUCCACCACGCCCCCAGACGCCCCAUUAUACACCACGCCCCCUGACGCCCCAUUUUUACACCACGCCCCCAGAGACCCCACUAUACACCACGCCCCCUGACGCCCCAUUAUACACCACGCCCCCAGACGCCCCAUUAUACACCACGCCCCCUGACGCCCCAGUAUACACCACGCCUCCAGAUGCCCCAUUAUACACCACGCCUCCAGAUGCCCCAUUAUACACCACGCCCCCAGACGCCCCAUUAUACACCACGCCCCCUGACGCCCCAGUAUACACCACGCCUCCAGAUGCCCCAUUAUACACCACGCCCCCUGACGCCCCAUUAUACACCACGCCCCCAGACGCCCUGUUAUACACCACGCCCCCAGACGCCCCAUUAUACACCACGCCCCCUGACGCCCCAUUAUACACCACGCCCCCAGACGCCCCAUUUUACACCACGCCCCCAGACGCCCCAUUAUCCACCACACCCCCAGACACCCCAUUAUAUACCACACCAAGUGACCUUCUACAGCACGACGCACCACGUCACCCCCUGCUCAAACUCCCCGGAGGCCUCUAA